UCAUGCUGCUGCCAGGUCCAGAGUGUCUCAUGGGUCCCUGUACGGCCUCCCAUUGCUGCUGUCUCCAUCGCCACACUCUGCCAUGUGCCACUUUCAGGUCUCCUCACAUCCUGCUGGUGUGUUCCAUUUUUGUCAUAGGGUGCUGGCAGAUUACGGGCUCCCAUUGCUGCUGCCAGGCCCGUAAUCUGCCAUGGGCCCCUGUACCGCCUCCUCAUGCUGCUGCCAGGUCCCAGAGUUGUCUGUCAUGGGUCCCUGUACGGCCUCCCAUUGCUGCUGUCUCCAUCGCCACACUCUGCCAUGUGCCACUUUCAGGUCUCCUCACACUGCUGGUGUUUGUUCCAUUUUUU